GUGACCACAGUGAACCAGAACCAAGUGACCACCAGCUCCUCUCCCACAGCUCAGCUCAGUGCCAAGAUCUCAACGGAGGCCAGCAUGGAAACUCAAAAUCAGUUAGUAAUGCAGAGCCGGCAUCAGAAAAGGGACAUCAUGUCAUCACAAGAGCAAAAGGGAGCACAAGUCCCAGUAACCUUGCAUGUAGCACUACCAUGUCAAAGAUUGUGCCGAAUAUCUGCAAGAGUAAAAAGGUUUUCCAGUGUGACACUUGUGGAAAAGUCUUUAAGUGGAAGUCAGACUUAAAUAGACAUCUGAAGGUGCACACAGGUGAGAAACCAUAUCUUUGCAAAACCUGUGGAAUGAGAUAUGGUUACAAGUCAUCACUAGAAACACAUGUGAGACUCCACACAGGGGAGAAACUGUAUUCUUGCGAAAGUUGUGAAAAAAGUUUCACAACUAGCACAAAUUUGAAGAUUCACGAGACAACGCACAUGGGCAAGAAAUCUUUUUCUUGCAAAACUUGUGGGAGAAGUUUUAGCCAGAGAAAUAACCUGCGGGAUCACGAGAGAACGCACACGGGAGAGAAGCCUUUUUCUUGCAAAACUUGUGGGAGAAGUUUUAGCCUGAGGAAAACCCUAAAGGUCCACGAGAGAACGCACACGGGGGAGAAGCCUUUUUCUUGCAAAAUUUGUGGGGAAAGUUUUACACGUGGAUGUCAGUUGAAAGUUCACAUGAGAAGCCAUAAAGAUGAGGAGUUGUAUCCAUGUACAACUUGUGGUGAAAGAUUUGUUAUCAAAUCCCUUCUAACCAAACAUUUGAUGACCCACACAUAGCAAAACUGAUAUUUUUUUUGUAAAAUAUUGUAAAGAUCUCUCACUUGCCAGUUUACACAAAGUCCACAGGAGAAUAAAUCCAGUUGAGAAGCCACACCAUGGCAACAGGAGAGGGAUUCGAUUUGCUCAAGUGUUUCAAAGAAGUUGUUACUUAGUUAUUGUUUCAUUAAUUAAAGAUACAACAGUUAGGGAAAACGACACUGGAAAUGUUUCAGGGGGACAAAAAAAGUGAUGAACCUUGUUGUAGUUCAAUGCUUUAUGAAGUUCCAUCACCACUGAUGAGGAGCAGACUUCAAUAACUUCACAAAGCAUUGAACUACAGACAGGUUCAUCACAAGAGAGAUUGUGUACAUAUGCAUUAGCUGCAUCUCUGUAACUGAAUGUAGAAAAUAUCCCAUUGAGGAGACAUCACUAUAUCAUUGAUGCAGUACAUGGUCAACAACAUUUGCUGAAUUACCCACGUUUCUGUUCUUGAUGUGACUGCCAUUGAUAUUUACAUCUGCAAAGGAAGUGAUGUUUUUACCCAUGUAUCUUUGUUUAUUAAUGUCGCAAAGUACGAGGAUGAGAUCGGUCGUCAUCGCAGACUGCUGGAUGUAACUUUGAAACCUGUAGUAAAGCUGCAGAGAAUAGGUCUGUAUCACCUGAGUUAGCGAACUAUACACCACACUUAUUAUCCCUGCUAGUCUAAAUGUUAUCAGGUAGGCGUAUUCCUUCUGCCUACCUGCACAGAGGAAUAAUAGUUCUAACUGAUAAAAAGACGUGUGUUUCUUUAGCCAUCGAUCUAGUGGCGUUGUUUAUUGAAGAACUGGUAAGAACAGGUUGCUCUCCGUGAGCGUCAGGUACAGGGAGUGAGAGGGAGUAGUCUAGGUCCUGGGGAAGAUUAGUAAACGCUUCAUUUAGCUGACAAUAUGUCAACUGUUAUAGACUAAUAUGAACCCAUUAAACAACGUGGGAUGUGUGCCAAAAUCUCUAUCCGGGACGAAAGUCCUGAA